ACUAAACAACUUCGUAUUAACUACAUGGAAAACAAUCAUGUUAGUCAACGAGAACAGAGCUACUCCGUUGACCAAGUAUCUUACAGAGGAGUUCGCCGGAGGAAAUGGGGCAAAUGGGUAUCGGAGAUCCGGGAGCCGGGUAAGAAAACCAGGAUUUGGCUAGGGAGCUACGAGACGGCCGACAUGGCUGCAGCCGCUUACGAUUCCGCAGCUAUUUACCUCCGAGGACGUGGGACACAUCUCAACUUUCCGGAGCACGCUGGCAGUUUUCCUCGGCCGGAAAGCUUUAGCUCCGAGCACGUUCAAGUGGCUGCUCGAGAGGCAGCACUAAUGUUUAAACCGGGUGUGCCGUUUACGGAACACGCUAUCGGGUCUGGCCAAGGACCUUCGCGGGUAGGAUUGUCUCCAGAUCAGAUUCAGGCUAUCAUUGACUUUCCAAUGGACUCGCCAAGAAUGGGGUGGAUGCAAGAUCUGGAAGUGAAUGAUUAUGAGGAGUUGUACGGACGGUGUUGUGGACAGUGCGAUGGAGACGAGUUUUCUGAAAUACAGCCGCUUCAAUCUAUAUGGGAUUUUUAACUAA